AUGGAACAAACCCCAAUAAAUAGACCAUUUAUAUGGGACAUUGUCCAUGAGCUCAACAAACUAGAUAGCUGGGAUGAUCAAAUUAGAGAAUCUUCAUUAGAGAAGAUAAUAAUCUCCAGCUCGGAUGACAUGCUUGGCAUUGAGCCGCUUGAGUUGUAUUUUCCUCUUGCCAACGAGAAGCAGGUAUCAUGCUCAAUUGAGCUGACAAAUGAUACAGAUUAUUACAUGGCCUUUAGGAUUGCAACGACAAGUCUACUCCCGUUCUCCAUACAGCCAAAUAAAGGUAUUGCUGCACCACGAUCCAAGUGUAGAGCCACUAUAACAUUGUCGGCGCAGGAGAUGACACCGCUACAUAAUCACUGCGAGGAGGAGUUAACCGUGCAGAGCACCAGAGCUCACGCAAGUCUUACAGCUGUGGAUGUAACUGAUGAUAUGUUCAAUGACGAGGGGGGUAAUUCUCAGAGAAAAACUGAUGAGGUGGAUAAAGUGGUUGACGAGGUGAAUUUAACAGUUGUUUUUGACGACACACCACUAUUACACGAGGAGCACCAAAAGGAUCUAGCAAAUUUAAGUGUUGAGAUGGGAUCACCAGGUAUAUCGUCUCAGGCCUCUCCUUACUCUCUCACCUCACAAGGUUUCAUCCACCUCCAGCCUCCAGGCCUGCGCCGGUGGCAUGGGCCCUCUCCCACACGUAAUAGUGUUGCCCGUUGGCUAAAGCGCAUGAUGUGGAACAUGCGCACGAAGGUUGUCAGGAUGAGCUGCCAUAUCUUCUAUAUCCCCCUGUCGCCUCAUACUGCUCCCCAGCUCUCCUUGUCCAUUGACAAUUCUCACAGCCAAACGGGAUAA